UCUUCUUCUUCUUCCUCAUGUUGUUCACAAGCUGAAGAGACAGGGAGAGAGACAGAGAGACAGACAGUGAAAGAGAGAGAGAGAGAGAGAGAGAGAGGUGGAGAAAAAGAAAAAGACAAGACUUUCUCUCAGGUGCUCCGCUAUUCAUGAAAAAGAAUCUUGGCUUUACCCGCGCUGUGAGUUUCACCACUUCCCCACCCCCAAAGUGGGACCCCAGGUGCUUAACCUCCCUCCUGCCAGUUCUGCAUGGUCAUGACCUGUCAUCACGCCCCUUCCACAGCCCACCUCAUCCUAUUGGUCCUGCUCAUUGUCACUCCACAGCUGGCUGGCACCGCCCCUGUGCGGGGUGAGGGAGGCGAGGGAGGCGAGGGAGGGGUGGAGGGGCGCACCCGGACAGACCACAAAGAGGACAGCCUCGCCCCCUUUCUCUCGCCCCCAACCCAGAGUCUCUCCAGCCUCGACAACGGGUCCCUGGACCAGGACCCGGGUCAUGAUAGCCAGUCAGAUAAGGUGAUGGACCCUGUGCAGGUGCUCGCCGUUCUUCUGGAGGCCCUGGACCACCCAGGGGAGAGUGGAAUCCAGGCGAGCAGAGACUGGGGAGAGGAUCAGAGUCAGGAGCUGGCCUCCAUCGAAGGGUUGGAGGGUGGUGAGAUAAGGAGAGGAGGACAGACAGUGGGAGACAGGGGGGUGGAGGAGGAGAGAGAGCGGCGAAGGGCUGAUAAGGCUAUUGAACAGCUAAUUGUGGGCCAUUUGACAGCUGCUCAGGGUGAUGACUUACAGGAAAGGGGGGAGGAGGAGGAUGAAAACACAAGGUCAGAGGAGGAUGCAGGGUGGUCUGUGGAGGAUGUGAGACCUGAUAGUGAAAGUGAGGAGGAAAGGAAAGAUGAAAAGGAGGGGCUGGAGGAAGGGAAGGAUUUAGAAAGUCUCUUAGUCAAAGCCAGGCUGAGUUCCACGUCACAAGGAGAUGAAUCCUCUCUGCAGCGCAAAAUAAGAGGCUACUUCCAAAAUAUUGACUUGGGCCUCCAAGAUAACGAGAUCCUGCCUCCACUGAAGGGCUACAAGGCAUAUAACACUCAGCUGGCACGAGCCGGGAAGAAGCAGCACUGGCAGGAGAACCAGGCCAGCAACCGACCCGCCAAGGGGGGCAACUUCAUGGACGACUUUGAGGAUGAGGGAGAGGAGCUGGAGGAGGAGGUUGAGGAAGAAGAGGAGAGCCUCUCCCACAUGCAGGAGGAGGCGAGAGCACGUGCAGAGAAGCAGGAGGUGCUCCGACAGCAGGAGGAGGCGGAGCGAGCAAGAGAAGAGGAGCAGAGGCUGGCAGACAUCGCCUCUGACAUGCUGCUGCAGUACAUGGGAAGGAAGCAGCAGUCCUACAUGAAGCCCCGUGAGAAAAGCAGCUUCGGGGCUGUGGGAAACACAGCUGAGGACAAGCGCUCCGAGGAGGUCCUCCCAGAUGAAGACGACCUAGACCAGCAAAUGAUUGACAGGCUAAUUGAGAUCAGCAGCAAGCUGCACCUGCCCGCUGAUGACGUGAUUGAGAUUAUUAGUGACGUGGAGGAGAAAAAGAAGAAAAGAAAAGAGCUGCAACAGCAGCCAACCAACAGCAACCCUGUCGCCCCCCGCUUCAGGCCUCUGGUACCUCCUCCUCUGGCAGCUCCCCCUAUCUACCACUACACAGCCUCAAAAAACCCCAAGAAGAACCCCUAUAAGUACAACAAAUCCAACAAGAAAUGGCACAAGGACAAAGUCAAGUCAUACAAACAGGAAUAUUGGUAUAAGCCUCAGAAGCAGCUUGAUUAUUGGUACAAACCCCAGAAACAGUUUUUAGCCUUCCCUUCCUAUCCAUACUACCAGAAGCCAUAUCGAGCCUACUACCCUGUUUAUUUCCCAUACCCCAAAGCACAAUAUUAUGGCAAGCCCUCCCCCUCCAGAGACCAGCCCUUCGGCCCUCAGGAACUUGACCUCCAGCCCCCAAGGCGCAGGCACAGGGCCGGGGGUAAGAACCGUGGACAGGGCUGGAGGCAGCAGCCACCACCACGCCUGCCUCUCACCCCUUACAUCUCUAACUACAUCCUUCCUCACCCACGGACCUACCAAUCCUUACCUCCCCCCAAACCAGUUACCACGCCAAGGAGAGGCAGGCGUCCCCCGUACUACUAUCCACAGAUCACCCCAGGAGACGACUAUGAGGAAGACGGGCUUGUGCCUCAGCUGGACAGUGAGGAGGAGCUGGAGAACUUUAUUGAGAGGAUCUACAUGAAGCGCAGAAUGUAUUGAGAGACUUUUUGGACAUUUGUCAGAUCAGAGGGACAGACAGGUGGGAUAGUUAUACAGUGGCUUGAGAAAAGCUAAAAGAAAGAGAGGUGAAAAAAAAGACUGAGAUGAGAUAUGUGUUUUGAGCCUGAUGACGCACUCACACACACACACAUACAUACACACACACACACACACAAUUACACACAUGUGCACACACACACCAACAUGCCUACAUACAUUCACAUUUCUGACACAUUCACAAGCUGCUGUGCCCAUUGUAAGAGAACCAUGUUUACAACAUCGUUUUGUAUUUUUUUUGUUUUAUAUUCUCUUUAUGUCAAACUAAAAUAGUUUAAUGACUUCUUAUCUACACAAAUAUAAAACAAACUAAACACUGGUGACAAUAUAUGACAGUUUAUUUGAUUUGUAUGUGGUGUGCGUACACCACUGGUCAAAAGUUUGACAACACACCCAGUGAAAAAAUUUCUGAGGCAAAUAAAUAAUUUAAGAACACCAAAAAAUCGAACUACUUCAAAAAAAGAGUACAUUUUAACAGAAGAUUGCCUGUGCCAAUGGUACCAGGGUAACAGUGGACUGUGUAGGUUGCAAUCAGAAUAGUGAGAAAUAAGACAAGUGACAAAGGAAGACGGACUCGUUGGUCAGGGGUUCAUCCUACAGCAGGAUAAUGGAGGAAAAACUAGACUGGGUCUCCACAUGAUGGACGACCAGCACAGUCUCCAGUCUUGAACCCCAUUAGGCUGGUUUGUGAUGAACUGGACAGAACUGGGAACAUAUCUGUGAGAGCUUGUGAUGCCGUGUUGGGACAAACUUUCUGAAAAAUGUUUGAUUUCCAUCCAGGAUAGAUGGGUACAAAAAUAGAUUAAAUUCAGGAUUAAAGAUUCCUUGACUUUUUAAUGUUCUAUCCUUAAACGAAACUUAAAAAGUAAAGUUUCAGAAUUGGAGGUGUUCUAAGCUGUUUGACCAGUAGCGUAGUUUCCUUUCUUAUUCUCGAUCGGAUCCACUUUAAACUGCUGCAAUUUGCAAGGUGCCAGAUACACACAUUUCACUUUGUUAAAGUGAAGAUUCUGAUUUUUGCCUUACAAGCACCAUGGUUCUACAAGGGAAAUAUCAUAAUGCAUAAUUUUAUCAUCACUGCCUGACCCAAUGUGGAAACCCUGCGGACUCCUAAAGCACAAACUUAAACACUAAACACUUCCAACCUGGUGGACUAAGGGUUUUCAACCAUUUUGGGAUCCAGAAGUUAUUGUGUCAACGUAUUUAUGGCAGACCCACAAUCACCACACAGCACUCUUCAACCAUUGAGGAGUCCUUCGUAUAUAUUUUCUCUGAUUGCUCAUCCACAGUUAACACUUUUACUCUUGUAUCAUAUCUGUGAUCUCAUUUUCCUUUUCUUUUCAAGAAGAAAAAAAACUUGAAAAGACACUAUGUGUUUGCAGCCUUUUUUAAACAGAUCUCCAACAAGAGGCUACAAGAAUUCUGUUCAUUUUCAGGAGAAAUUCAUUGAGGAGCUUCAGGCCGGGAAGUCAGGGAUUGUGCUUAAAAAAAAAAAAAAAGGGUUAAAUGCACGUCUUUCUACUUGCAUCUUUAAAAAUGAACAAAAAAAAAGAACAAAAAAAAGGAGAAAAAUAAAACAGUGUGGAGAAUCCAAGAUGGUUGUUUUCUCUGAAUAAACUGUGAACAUAAAAAAAGAAAUCUCAAAGGAAGAGGGCCACUGUGUCCGCAGUGAAGCCAUCUGUCUUGUAAAAGGAGAGUGUUGUUGUUGAUGUCACCUUUAGCAUUGUAAGAUGUACAGUGUGAAAUAAAUAUGCCCGUGCAAUG